AUGGCCACCCCAAAAGCAAACAGCGCAGAGGACAGCUCGGCUGCUCGACAGGCCUCGCACUCGCGCGACUCGUCCAAUGCCAGCGCCCGCCAUGCCCACGCGCCCGCCACCCCCAGCCAGCUGCGACAGGCUCACGCACCUUCGGACAGGUCGAGCUCGCCCGAAGACACCAUGCAUCCCAACCCUUACUACGAUCAAGACGCUGCAAAUCCCUCGAACAGCCAUCACCCCUACCGUCUCGUCCUGGCCACUGGUCCUGGCGGUACACGGGCCGCAGCCGACAACCUUUCCAUACAUUCAAUCCAGGAAACGGCAGGGCCACAUGGCGGCAUCAUUGAAAUCGAUCUGGAGCCAACAGAACGCACCCGCCUACUAAAGCAAGAUGGGCAAGACAUGGGUCCCACGCGGCCAGUCUUAGACCGCGACUACGGAAGCUUCGCAGGCAGCGUGCACUCGAUCCAGAGCUUUGGCAGUAGUCCUGCCCUUCUCCAGGGAGAGGCCCGACAGGGCGCAGGAGCUGGCAGUGGCAAGGGCUACGGCCAGGGCAAGAGUACAACCUGGUGGCUGGCUGAGCGCCACGGCAUCAAGGACAAGCGCAUGAUGUAUCUGCGCUACUACAUCCCACUCCUCAAUUGGACUCGCCAGUACAAGUGGCGCUACCUCAAGGGCGACCUGGUUGCCGCCAUCACCAUGGCCUCGUUCUACAUUCCCAUGGCGCUAUCCUACGCCUCUAAUCUCGCCCAUCUGCCGCCCGUUCACGGCCUCUACUCGUUUGCUCUUAAUCCCCUUAUAUACGCCAUCCUAGGCACCUGUCCGCAGAUGAUCGUUGGCCCGGAGGCGCCAGGCUCUUUGCUCGUGGGUGAACUUGUGCGCGGGAACAUCAAAAAGGGCACUUCUGGAGACAAUGAUGGACGGAGGAAUGCUGAAAUUGCUGGCAUUGUGACUUGUCUUGCUGGCGCCUUCAUCCUCAUUGCCGGCUUCUUCAGACUGGGCUUCUUGGACAAUGUCUUGAGCCGUCCGUUUUUGCGCGGUUUCAUCAGUGCCAUUGGUGUCGUCAUUUUCGUUGACCAGCUGAUUCCACAGAUGGGACUGGCGAGGUUGGCUGCAGACGAGGUCUCUCACGGAAGUUGUCUGGACAAGGUCGUUUUCCUAUUCCGUCAUGUUGGAGAGGCACAUGGACUUACUUGUGCGAUUUCAUUUACCGCAUUUGCCAUCAUCAUGUUUUUCAGGGAAUUGAAGAAGCGCCUGCAACCGCGGUAUCCCAAUGUUGCUUAUAUCCCCGAUCGCUUUGUAGUAGUUGUACUAUCUGCCCUCCUCACAUGGCGAUACCGUCUCGACCAACAAGGUCUUGCCGUCCUUGGAAACGUCAAUUCAAGUGGAGGGCGCAUAUUCUCUAUUCACUUUCCGUUUGAGACGUCACACCUCAAGUACGCCUCCGACGCCAUCAACACCUCCCUGAUUAUUGCGAUGCUGGGCUUCUUCGAGUCCUCUGUUGCAGCCAAGUCCUUGGGCGGCGGCGAUCACACCAAGGACGGAGUGCAAAUGCCGCUCAGUGCCAAUCGAGAGCUGAUUGCCCUGGGCACUGCAAACAUAACGGGUGGACUUUUCAUGGCUCUGCCGGCCUUUGGUGGCUACGGCCGAUCUAAAGUCAAUGCAUCGACAGGGGGCACUACACCUAUGAGCUCCGUGUUUCUCUCGCUCAUCACGAUCCUAUGCACUCUCUUCAUGCUACCCUACUUCUACUACCUGCCCAAAGGCGUUCUCUGCGCCAUGGUCUCCGUGGUAGCCUACUCGCUUGUCGAGGAGGCACCGCACGAUGUCAAAUUCUUCCUCCGCAUUCGCGGCUGGUCCGAACUUGUACUCAUGGGUCUCAUUUUCGUCAUCACCAUUGUAUGGGAUCUCAAACGCGGAAUUGGCGUGGGCAUUGGCCUUUCGCUUCUACGCCUCAUCCGCCAUUCGGUUCGUCCACGCAUUCAAAUCCUGGGUCGUGUGCCUGGGAGCACGAACCGCUUCGCCAAUGCUGAGAUUGACUCUGACAUGGUCGAGUUCAUCGAGGGCUGUCUUAUUGUCAAGAUUCCUGAACCGCUCACGUUUGCCAACACAGGGAAUUUGAAGAACCGCCUACGUCGUCUUGAAGAUCACGGGACGGAUAAAGCGCAUCCAGCCCUGCCCCGGGUACGGCGGGCAGAACAUAACAAAAACAUCAUCUUCGACGUCCACGGCGUGACCUCGCUGGACGGUGCGGGUGCGCAGGUGCUUGCUGAGAUUGUAGAAUCAUACCGUAAACGAGGCGUCAGGGUGUUCUUCUGCCGUGUGCCUAAUGAGCAAAGUGCCGUAUAUCAGCUCUUUGACAAGAGCGGCAUCAUUGAAAUGUGUGGGGGGCCAAGACACUUUGUGCAUAGCGUCGAGGAGGCGUUGAGGAUGACCGAGUUGGAGCGAUUGACGGAGGAGUGCAACAGUGAGGCAGAAGGUUCAAGGGCAACGAGUAGUAGGCAGGCGUGA